AUGGACGUAUCCAUCACUCGCCAAAUGGUAAUGGACCAAGCACAUCACAAGGAAAUCAUCGCAGCAAUGGCAGCACUAGGAGAAGAGUUCUCGAUGAGAGCUGCGACCAGAGACGGAGAGCCCGAUAACGACGUCUACGAAAAGUGGUCCAAGCAACAGAUCGCAAAGACCCAAUUCCAAGCGCUCGAACAAGCACUCACAGCCACCUACGUCGGACUACAACAAGGAAUGGAGACGCCAAACCAACAACUGGCAAAACUC